AUGUCCGUGAACAGCGCCGGUUCCGCCGCACCACGCGGGACGGACGAAAAGGUCGACUUGGACCUGAUUAUCAUUGGCGCGGGAAUUGCAGGCAUCAACGCUGCUUACCGCUACCAGGAGGGUGCAUCGGUCGGACGAUCGUACACCGUCCUUGAGGCUCGCGAGUCGAUAGGCGGCACGUGGGACUUAUUCCGGUACCCAGGAAUCAGGUCCGAUUCCGACAUCUUUACAUUUGCCUUUGAAUGGAAUCCCUGGCCUCGCAAAGAGGCCCUGGCGAAUGGAGCUGAUAUAAAACAAUAUUUGAUCGACUCCACCACAAAGGCGGGCAUCAACAGGCAUAUCCGGCUGGGCCAUAAGGUUAUAUCCAUAAGCUGGCAGUCGGAGUAUUUGCGAUGGCGAGUCGUGUCCAACGUAUCCAGCAACGAUAAGCCUACUGUGCUUUACAGCCAGUUCAUCUACCUCGCCACGGGAUACUACGACUACGAGGAACCCAUGAAGGCGACGAUCCCUGGCAUCGAUCAGUUCCAGGGCAAAGUGCUCCAUCCGCAAUUUUGGCCGGAGGACUACGACUAUUCCGACGAUAAUGUCGUCGUGAUUGGGAGCGGCGCGACGGCCGUCACCAUCGUACCUUCGAUGGCGGAAAAGGCCAAGCAUGUCACCAUGCUACAGCGCAGCCCGACGUACAUCUUCCCGCUGCCGUCUCGCGGUGCGCUGUCCGUCACGCUCUUUACCCUGUUACCCUGGGCCCUCGCGUACUCGCUGCACCGCAUCGGCUGGAUCCUCCAAACCAUCUUCAUGAUUGCCGCCUGCCGCGCAUGGCCAAACCUGUCGCGCAGGUAUAUCCGUUGGGAAAACUCACGGCUUCUACCCGCCGAGGUGUCUUGGGACCCGCACUUCAACCCACGCUACAACCCGUGGGAGCAGCGCCUCUGCGCGUCCAAGGAUGGUGACAUAUUCGCGGCGUUACGCGCCGGCAAGGCUAGCGUUGUAACCGACACCAUCAUGGCCGUCAGAAAGGACAGUAUCCAGCUGACGUCGGGUGCAACGCUCUACCCGGAUACCAUCGUCACUGCUACGGGUUCAAAGCUGCUCUUUGCUGGUGGCAUGACGAUUGAUGUGGAUGGUAAAGCCGUUGAUUACGCCAAUGCCUUCCUCUGGCAUGGUACAAUGCUCCAAGAUGUGCCGAAUCUGUUCUUCACAAUUGGUUUCGAGAACGCUGCCUGGACGCUAGGCUGCGAUUGCGCGGCGCGUUUGGCCGUCCGCGUGAUGCGGGAUAUGAACACUAACGGGAAUACGUCAGCGGUUGCUCGUCUUGACGCAGCUUCUGCCAAGACCAUGGAACCAAGGCCACUCUUCAGCUUGUCCGCAACGUAUCUCAAGAGUGUCAACGAGCAACUGCCAAAGGGUGGUACUGGCGUGUGGUCGCCCCGGUCGAACUAUUUGGUAGAUAUGUGGAAAACCCAAUAUGGUGACAUUACUACAGCGUUGGAAGUUAAUUAGGCCAGUGCUUAUCACUGAAAGUAUUAAUGUCAAUCUGUGUUGCCGCGAGGCGAGGUUGCUAGAGUAUGGGUGAGGCUCCUGGCUUUGGUCCAGGCUUUCCCG